AUGGGCCGUAGGGCUGUAAAAAACGCCGACGAUUUCUUCCGCCAGAGCAUGAGUAACGAGUUCUACAACAACUCGGCUGAAGUCCUCCUCUCCUCCUUCAAUCACAACGUCAAAGAUAGCGCCUCCCUGUCCAUUGGUGAUGGAGUACGCCCUUCAGCUGACAGCUUCGUCCGCGGGGCAAUCCAGGCGUGGGGCGAGCACCUGCAUUUCGUCGUACGCCCCGAGGAAGUGUGGUUCACCAUAUUGGUCCAAAUGAAUUUCUACAUGAUAUCUCACGCUGAGGACAUCAGGGACUUGUUUGUUGAUCAUGAAGGGCAGGAGACUAUCACAAUCGAGGAUUUCACCUGGGAGCAAGUCCUCAUACGCUUCCAAAACGAGAUUCAAGCCCGCGUCAAGACGGAUUGGCUACAGAAUUGGAUUAUGCCGGACUUCACCACAACAACCCAGGACGAUCUCAUGACAGCCAACAUACUAAUGAUGGGGCUGACGAAGGCCUAUUUCAGGUUCGAAGGCGGCAUCAUUUGCGGCCUCCCGUCCGUUACACUACAGGGAGAAAAGUCGGAUUGGGAGACUUUGCUCGACAAACUCGAACGGCUCCCGGAAUUCGGCGACGAGCCUACCGCAUAUGCUGAACGCCUCCGGCCCAUCCUCAAGCGCUUCCUUAAAUCGUUCGACGAGCCAGACAGUUCGGAGACGGUGCAAUUCUGGAACGACAUCGUGUCUGCCAGAUCCGAGUUUUUCUGCGGCGCACCGCCGUUCUACAUGUCUGGAUGGAUCACAGGGUUCUACUAUUGGAAUGACAGAGGUGAACCCUACGCAAGGAACAGCGCUGAGGGCGACCUCGUUCUUGAUGGCGUGCAGUACCCGUCUCUCGACAUUGGAACAUUGCCCGUGGGGUACGCCAGCGCGCCUUUCGUGAUGCUGGACUACAACGGUACAGACAGAUUUGAGUCGUACGUGCUGGCCGGAACUUUGGGGAAGAAGAUUACGAAUGGCCCCCCCACAGGAUACGCCAAAGCGAUGGAGCGCAUCGGGAGCUACAGCAGCGGUGACACAAAGGGUCACAGCACUUUGCAGUCGCUGUCAGCGUGGGUUGUGAUUGGACCGAAGAGUCACGAUGCCGACAAGAGGCCGCCGUGGCAGGGUGAAGUUGAGCUUGCGGACCUGGUCGGAUCCGUCGAUAGCAACUUUGAGGCAGAUAAGUGUGGUUCGCGAGGGGUUCGGUCGUCGGCACCGAUGAGAAUCGGGUAA